AUCCACCUUCCAAUUGGAUACACGGAGGAUGGAAAAUUUGUCUUUUGCCUGCGUCUAGGCGAAUGGAAUCCGGAUGAGUUCGCUUUUCCACGACUGUACUACUACGCCUACAAGCAGAUGUUCAUGGUAGCCAGUGAUCCUCGUACUAUCAUUGGUGGCUCAAUCAUCAUCCUCAACUUCGCCAACGUUGGGUCCAGUCAGGUUCUGAAGGAUCCCAAUGUCAUUCGAGCGAUGGUUCGCUUUUCCCAGGAGGCAUUACCUGGAAGAGUUAAACGAGUAAUUUUGUACAACGAAGGCAAAAUCAUAAAUACGGCGCUGUCUAUAUUCACGUUCUACAUGAAGGAUAAAGCGAAAAGUCGUAUGCUGAACGUUGGCUCAGACAUCUCUAAGGCUUACGAAGUAGAACCCGGCCUUAAAGCCAUCAUACCGCCUGAAUACGGUGGGGAUGGAAAAUCAUUGGCUGAACUUAUCAAGGACAACAGGGGGCACUUCUACGAGUUCUACGGACAAGGUGAUCCAACGAGCGAAAUCAAGGUUGACGAGUCCAAACGACCGGUUUCAGCACGAGCCUACCUGCGCGAAUACAAGGACUACGAUCCAAACGUCAUGGGAACCAGCGGCAUCUUCAUCAAGAUCAACCAGGAUGAAAUCUGA